GUUACUUCUCUUUUAAGUUGCUCAAUCCUCGGUUGUUUGUGUUUGUCUGCUUUAUGUUCAUUGUGUACUGUGUAGUGAGGUGUUACGAUAUUUAGGUAUAGGGUUAGUUUGGUUAUAACGAACGAGAAAAUUGUGAAGAGGUGUACGUGUGUAUAUUAAUUAGACUACUGCAGAAUUAACAUGGAUAUUAGGCCGAGUCACACAAUAUAUAUAAACAAUCUGAAUGAGAAGAUCAAGAAAGAAGAACUUAAGAAAUCACUGUAUGCAAUAUUUUCUCAAUUUGGUCAAAUACUUGACAUCAUCGCUUUGAAAACAAUGAAGAUGAGAGGUCAGGCAUUUGUUAUAUUCAAAGAAAUUGCGAGUUCUACAAAUGCAUUGAGGUCUAUGCAAGGAUUCCCCUUUUAUGAUAAACCAAUGAGAAUACAGUAUGCUAAAACAGAUUCAGACAUAAUAGCGAAGAUGAAGGGAACUUAUGCAGAACGACCCAAGAAACCCAAGAAGACAGUGCCUCAUGAUGAUCCUGCCGAGGCUAAGAAAGUUAAAAGGAAGGCAGCUAAAGAGCAAGCUCGGGUGUACCAGCAACAGUCAGCUCCCACACCCGUGCAACAGCCCCCGCCCCUGCAAACUGGGGUAGCAGCCGCUUCAGUGCCUGAACAACCUCCAAACCAAAUUCUCUUCCUCACAAAUCUACCAGAUGAAACUAGUGAAAUGAUGCUGUCCAUGCUGUUUAAUCAAUUUCCUGGCUUCAAGGAAGUUAGGCUGGUACCUAACAGACAUGACAUCGCGUUUGUUGAGUUUGAGAAUGAACUCCAGUCAGGAGCAGCUAAAGUUGCACUCAAUGGUUUCAAGAUUACACCAACUCAUGCCAUGAAGAUAUCAUUUGCUAAAAAGUAGUGUGUUCAUAUUGAAAACAGACUUCAAAAGUGUUGUAUGAAUGUGGACUAUUCAUUUCUUACUGUAUUUGUAAAAUAAUAAUAUAAUAGUAAAAAUUU